GUUUGCAGGAAAACGGUUUCUCUCGUCAAGUGUUAUGUUAAUAGGGAAACCGAGUUUGAUUCGCACUAGUUUCUUCAUUACAUACGUUCCGUAAAAUAAACAUAAAAACGAAAUCGAAAGUGUUACCAAGACAAAUCGUCAUUAAAUAAAAAUGACCAUCUCGCAGAAACACGCCGCCAUGCUCGAACAGACAAAAAAAUGGAAGAAUUACGUGAAGAAUUGGAAAACAUAGUCGUUUCUCCCCCAAGUCUUGUAUCUUUAAGUAAACAUAAAGAUUCUUUUGGAAAUUUGCCAUUGUCAUAUAAAGAAAACAAUGCGAAAGAAAUAUUUAUGCUGACAUGUUGUGAAAACUUUCAACGCCAGUAUAGUCAUUUAUAUCGUGAUCGCAAGCAUUUAUUUCUUUCACCAAAAAAUGAAUGUGGAGUUGAGAAAUUUAUUUGCACAACUUUGCGUAUAACUCAGCUAAAAUUUACUGAAGUUUACAAUUAUGAUGGUUGUGCAGAAUUUGUUGCUGAUUACCUAAACUUUGAGCCUUUGGAUCCACCAAUUGACCUGCCUUUAGUUUUGCCAUCUCCAACAACUGUGUUGUCAAGGCAAUAUGGUAACUGUUUUGAUUACUGUAAUCUGCUAUGCUCAUUGUUAAUUGGGAGUGGAUACGACGCCUAUUGUGUCAGUGGUUAUGCAUCACGAGAAGUAACUCUGAUGGAUGAAACACGAGAAAUAUGCCCUUUCUUAAACAAACCUCAACAGGUUGGAAAUGAAAAAAAUAAAAAUGUUUCCAAUAAGUAUGCUGUGAAACCACCUAAGGAUCUUCAAAGUAAAUUUGAAGCUAAAAUGGAAGAAAAGAAGCGAAAAGAAGAAGAAGACAAAGAGCAAAAAUUGUUAGAAGAAGAAAAACAAAGAAUUAUGGAAUUGGAAAGACCUCCUAUCGAUAAGUUGCAUGGGUUGAGGGUUCAUUGCUGGAUAUUAGUUUUGUCUGGCAAAAGGGAAGUUCCAGAAAACUUUUACAUUGAAAGCUUAACUGGUAAAGUAAAGCCCCUUGAUUUUACUGGUUACUUAGGAGUUGAAAGUAUUUGGAAUCACCGGAAUGUUUGGGUUAAUAUGCAAGACUGCUCACAAGGAGUAAAGAACAUGUCAUACGAUUUGGGUGAUGCUGCCAAAUGGGAAUCAAUGUUUCCAAGCACUGAUAAACCAUUACUAGUCAUUCCUGAUGUAAACGAGAACUUGCUAGAGCUUGAUGAAGAAGAGGAAGAUGUAGAAGAAAGCAUUGAUGUCCCUCCAUCUUGGGUGGAAAAAAUUGAAAUAUCAUCUAAAGAUUUCUACACUCGAUGUCCACAUGGUAAAAAGACAGUUCUGUAUAAGAAAGCAAAGCUGGAAAAGUAUUGUGAGUAUUUGAACAAGGAUGGAUUGGUCUCAAGGAUUUCAAUAACGAGUGAUAACGAAUUGAAAAACGUGAUAGAAGUUGAAGAGUUGUACAAAAAUCGUGCUGAUAAAUUGGAAAGAAAAGUUCAUAAUAUGAUUUCUGGGUGGAUAACAGAGUACUACCUACCAGGACGAACGCAAGCAUUAAAAGAACAUUUGUACAAAGCUUCAUCUCCAGAAUCGGAAAGAAUAUUUACGUUCUAUGCAAGCGCGAGGGUUGACGGUUUAAGCCGAAGAGAAGAAUCUAGUAAAGAAUUAACGGAAGUGUACACUGGAAGGGAAGAUUUCUUAUGCUACAGACACGCUGCGUUCCAAGACCGGGUGAAGAAAUUUGGACCACAAGGUUCCAACGCAAGACCAGUGGCUAAAAUGGUCGAGCGUUUUGAACGCAAUUCAGCAAAGAAAGCUAACUCAGAUGUAGCUGAGAGAUCGUUUCUUGUGGCGGAAGACCGAGUUUCCGUCAAAUUUCAUUUGGAGAAUCAGAGAAUCACAGCCUCGACUCGAGAGUUCAUGAAACCACCUAAUUUUUCUUUCGACAAAACAUCGCAACUUCAAUACACACCAGAUAUGACGAAUGCGUUUCAGGUUGAUCCACAGGCGGAACCAAUGAAGGAAUUGGAUGUGUACAACAUGAUGGUUGAACUUUUACAUGCGGAAAAAAAAUGUUUAGAUAAGAUUCGAGAAUCAGAAGAAGAGACGCGAGAAAUUUUGGAGGAAAGAAUAAACAAAGAAGCUAAUCCUGUGUUAUUAGUGUCUGUGUACGAUACAGAACGAAACGAGAAAGCGAAAUUACGACGACAAGAACUAGAAAGACAGGAAAAAGAAGACGAAUUACGAAAACGUGAUGCAGAACUCGACUAUUUGGCGCCAUUUUUAGCAAGAAUCGGUAAUCCUGAUCGCCUCACGCGAAACGACGCCUUCAAAGUGAAAGAACAGUGCUUGAACGACCUCAAACAAAGAUUGAUUGACAAGGCUAACUUGAUACAAGCCCGCUUUGAAAAGGAAACCUCAGAGCUUCAAAAAAAGCAAGCUUGGUAUCAAGAAAACCAGAUGAGUAUGUCCAAAGAAGACGAAGAAGAUUAUUUAAAUUUCUGUAGCGAAUCGAUGUUCAGAAUACACAUUCUAGAGUUAAGGCUGAACAGACACAAGGAAAUGGCGCCUCACAAGUACAUGCAGUUGGAUGAAAAGUUGAGGAAAGAUCAACGCUUAUCCGAUAUGAUAUGACACGUUACAUAUUAAUAUUUGUGUAUUUUCCGUUUGAUAUUUGUAUUAAGUGUUAAAGGCUUAAAUAGUUUUAUGAUUAGUAAUAUAUAUUAACUAUAAA